CAGUAGCCUUACCUGACUGACUUGUCUGGAGGCGGUUAAGAGAGCAGGAUGUUCUCUUUUUUUCAGACUUCCGGUGGCUCUGUCCACAAAAAAGCCAAGAGUGGUCACCUUGGCCACUAUUGGAGACGUUGGAUACGCCCUCUGACACAUGUCUGGCAUGCUUCCCACAGGGAUCCCAAGGUCUGUCCUCAGAAUAAAAUGGAGCCAGAUUCUCUGCACAAGCCACCCAAGUUCAACUACAAUAGCAUUGAAUUUAUUGAUCAAAUGGUCCACUACAUACCAGCUGCAGUUCAGAACCACGACCACCUCUCCAUCAGCAUUUUUUUUGCUGUCUACCAAAAGUAUGUUAGCACCUGGGAAGUGCUGGACCUGAUGAUGAGAAUGUAUGGAUCCUUCCAGCCUGACUGUGUGGAGGACCAGCAAAUAAAGAGCGCCAUAUUCAGCUUUCUGUCCCGCUGGCUUCAGAAAUUUCCUGAGGAUUUUUGUGAGGCCCCAGAUAUGGCCAUCGUGAGGCAGUUCAUGGACUACGUGAGGCUCAAUGUGCCUUCUGUAGAUGUAGAUACCCAAGCCAAUGAGCUGCUCUUGGCACUGGAGGAGCAAGAGGCCAAAGAGCUAAAGCUUGAGAAAGACUAUGCAGCAUCUCCAGAGCCCUCAGUGCCAGAUGCCUGGAGGAUGCAAGAGACUCUGGCUCUGAAGCCAGCUUCUGUGGCAGAGCCACGGGGAGACCAGCAAGCCCGAGAGGACACUGAGCUCGUGGAACCGGCAGUCCUGGAACCCUUUGUGCCAGAAGCUGGACCAGUGCGGUUUCUGACUUUAAAUCAAGCUCUGUCCACAUCAGCUGAUACACAGUCACAUGCAGAUAUGGCUGCAGAUGUGGCUGCAGAUGUGACUGCAGAUGUGGCCUCAGAUGUGGCUGCAGAUAAGGCUGUAGAUGUGGCUGCAGGUGUUUCAGCAGCCAGGCAGGUAUUUCUGUCUGCCAUUGUGCAAGUAGGUGCGCCAGAUUUCAUUUUUCCUCUGCCUGAAGUUGACAUAUAGUUAGGGGAAUUAUCUGCUGAGUACAAUGGGUACAUACAGCAGAAAUUAUAGCAUGUAGAUUUUAAAAAAAAAAGACAAGGAAAGUUAACAGAUGCAGACACGGAAGGGUCACAGAUUAAAAGAUGAUUUCAUUUGAAA